CGGUUAUUCCUCUUCCGACUUUUGGUUACUGUAGCGAACAGGGUGCACGGGAGCGGUGUGCCAGGGGCCUAUUUUACCCGACUGUACUGAUGUUUACUUCACCUGUAUUGCUGUAUCGACAGGCUUUGGCUUAUGCUCUUCUUUUCCAUCCCGUCCUCCUCCCAAAUUCUAGCAAUGGCAGAGCCGAUUCCAGCGGAUUCCAGCACCGCGGUCACGCCUCCAGUCUAUCGGAGACGCAAUUCCUCCGAGGAAUCACGCGGCAUUUCAAGUAAUCUGUUCGGUCAAGGAAAUCUCAACCCGUUCUGCACAACUUUUUUCGAUGCAGGCGGCAAGGAUCAUGGAGUGGCCAGCUCUGCAGGGGAGACUAGCCAGGCCGCCAUUUCUGCAGGCCCUCCAGAUAAGCUUGACCCGGAGUCGGCAAAGGCGUGCCUCGAGGUGGAGAAGACGCAGCCCAGGAUCCUCCCUCUUCUGGGGAAACCAUACUUCGCAUGCGUCGUUUGCAAGUCGCAUGUUCAGCAGCCAUUUCAAGUGGUGGUUCCAAGGUCGCUGGCGCCGUUCCUCCCGUCGAAGCCGACGUCGGCGACGCUGACCUGGCAGGGUCGGUCAUGGGAGAUGCGCUUCACAGGGGGGCGGCACAUCCAGCGGCUGGAGGCUGGGUGGCGGAGCUUCGCGCUGGACAACGCGCUGAGGCUCGGCGAUGGCUGCGUGUUCGAGCUGGUGGGGUGCGAUGGCGAGGGCAUCGUGUUCAGGGUGCAGGUGCUGCGCGCCGAGAUCCCGGCGAGUAUCCGGGAGAGGGCGGGCGGGUACACCCCGUCCAGCGCCAUCGUGCUAGACUAGCGGAGUAACCAUAACGUAUGUUACCUGCGUGGCUACGUGGACAUGCCAUAUGGCAUUGGGAUUUGAAGUGAACUCGAACCGAGAACUAUAACAAAACUAGUAGACUGCCCGUGGCAACCCACGCGCAUUUAAAAACAUUACCAGUUGCAUAUAUAAGCAUAACCACUUAAAAUUUCACAUGUAUAGAAAAAAUACCCAUAACAAUUCUUGCACGCAA